UGUAAGGCGUAAUCAUGUUAAAUAAUUACUGCCAAUCAAUUAUCGUAAUUUAAAUUUCAAACAUGUACCAUGGGAAAUUCUGCACAAGUGAAAUUGAAAUUUCAAUGUUUGUUUGUUUGUUUUUUAUUUUAGUUUAAACAGAGGCCACUGUUUCCGAAUCAGGUGAUGUCGACAUGGAGGAACACAAAUACCUCAUUCUUGUUGCAGUUUUAUUGAUUGCAUAUAUCUCUAAUUUCGCUGAUGGUGGCCUUCGUUCAAAGCAAGUUCCAAAAUGGAAAAAGCAGGCGUGCGAGUUUCCAUCCUAUCAAAAUGAACAAUCUCACUAUGUUUGUGAUUCAACCGGUGAUGUAAAAUGCUUGCCUGGUUGGCAAGGUGAUCUUUGUGAUGUUCCAAUUUGUAGAAAAGGAUGCGAUCCUAUGCAAGGUUACUGCACAAAACCAGGAGAAUGUCGCUGUAAGCUCGGUUACUACGGCGAAAGAUGUGAUAAAUGCAUUCCCCUGCCAGGUUGCCAGCAUGGUUCUUGUAAUGAAUCCUUUGAGUGUAAAUGCCAUAAAGGAUGGGACGGAUUAUUCUGUUCAGAACCUAUGUGUACUCCCAAUUGCCAUGCGACAAGAGGAUAUUGCGAGCAACCGGGAGAAUGUCGGUGCAAGCUUGGAUGGUCAGGACCCACAUGUCAAGACUGCCAAGUUCUACCAGGAUGCCAACAUGGGACGUGUACGAAGCCAUUAGAGUGCAAGUGCCUUCCAGGUUAUACCGGAAUUUUGUGUCAAAUACCCAUCUGCUCCGAAACGUGUCACAGACAAAGGGGAUACUGUCGUCGUCCUGGCGAAUGCCGGUGUAAAGUAGGUUGGACAGGUGAGGACUGUUCAAAAUGUCAUCCGUACCCGGGUUGUGUGCACGGGGACUGCCGGAAGCCAUGGGAGUGUAAUUGUAAGCCCGGCUGGGGUGGAAUGCUGUGCGAUCAAGAACUGAAAUAUUGCGAGGAGAAUCCCGACACUUGUCUCAAUGGCGGAAGAUGUAUUUCGUUACUAAAGGAAGAUGGUAAUUUCCGUUGUUUAUGCCCGAAUGAAUUCUGGGGAAGACGAUGCGAAACUGCACUGUUCACUACAAUAUCUCCACCAACAAUAAUGGCAUCGCCAUCAGGCGAAUUGCUAUCGUCAUCAUCAACAUCAUCGUCGACUUUAGCACCUUUCACAAAUACCAGUGGCAAUAAUACUUUGUCGUCCUUGCCGUCGUCGUCCUUGUCGUCAUCAACAAUGUAUGCAAAUGAUACCGCCGGCAGUGAUGAUGUAAGCGAUAGUAUGCUCGUGGUGGGGGAGAACAGCGAGGAAGCAGUUAAUGAUAUGGAAUCGACUGUGGAAAUGAUAAAUGCACCAGUUCUUCCUAAUGAGGAUGACUUGAAUAAUGAAGCCUGAAAUUAGAGCGACACGCUGAUGACUGAGUUGGGUGCAAAGCGUUCUAUUACGAAUUUAUUCUGCUUGUGUUUUAGAAUAUUUAAUUACGUCCGUUAAUUAAUUUAUUUAUUUAUUGCUUGAAUAUAGUAUUUAACCGCAAUAAAUCUGAAGUAUUUUA